AUGGCGUUGGACGAGGCGAACGACGCGAAGACGGCGGCGAGCGUGACGUUCGGAGGCGCGUGCGUGACGUCGCUGGCGUGGAGGGCGAAAGAGGAGGGCGAACGAUGCGAUUUGCUCGUCGGAUUGGCGAACGGGGAGGUGUGUGGGGUGGAUUUGGGGAGAUGGUUGGGGGAGAAGGCGAAGCGGGCGACGGCGACGACGACGCGAUGGAACGCGGACGGCGACGGGGUGAACGCGUCGAGGACGACGUGCGUGCGGUGGCGAACGAGAGGGGACGAUAAGGAGAACCUCGCGACGGGGUUCGAUUUCGUGUCGUUGCACGCCGAUGGGAGCAUGUACACGUACGAUUCGUCGAAGGAUGUCGUCGCGGCAAAGUUUGAGGCGUUGGCGGACGCGUCGGCGCUGAGCGUCGCCGCGUCGCAAGUUCCCGGGUCGAAUCCGAGCGCGCGAUGGCAUUUCGGACGACAUACGCUGAAUGCCGCGGCAUUUUCUCCCGAUUGUCGUUAUUUAGUCGUCGUGAAUGGGGCGGGGAUGUGUCGCGUGUUGGACGUCGAGCUCGACAGGCCGAACAUCGUCGCCGGCUUCAAGUCCUACUACGCCGGUUUCAACGCCGUGACUUGGAGCCCGUGCGGUCGGUACGUCAUAGCUGGUGGUGAGAGCGAUAUGCUCGAAAUAUGGGGGUUGUACGAGCGAGAAGUCGUCGCGUGGGGGUGCGGCGGCCAUCGCAGCUGGAUCACCGACGUCGCCGUGGACGAGCGCGCCGCCGGCGAAGGUCAUCGCUUCCUUCGAAUCGCCUCCGUGGGCGAGGACUGUCGAGUGGCGUUCUGGGACUGGCAUUUCCCCGAAGACGACGACUUCGGCGAAACCGCGGCGCGCGACUCGAACACCGCCACGCUCGCGGACCAAGCCUCGCGACUCUCCGUCGGCGCCGCGCGCGCGUCUCGUCGCGCGCCCUCUUUCGUCGGCCCCGACGCUAACAUCGUUCAGUCCGCCCAUCGCGACGAGGUUGAACGUCUCGUCCCUAUCAUGACCCACAAGCUCCACACCUCGCCCGUCACCGCCGUGCGUUUCACCGCCGAAGCCGCGCUCACCGCGACGCUCAACGAAAUCAAGCUCUGGCGCCGCCCGUCGCAUCCAUCGCGUUACGUCCACGACGACGACCAUGAAGAGAGCGAUUUAGGGUUUCCGUGA